GCACGUCUCCAUGUACCUUUUCUAUCUGCUCAGCGGCGUAGUCGACGUCAUGACCAACAACCGGUUCCCGUUCCCAAUGGGCACCGACCACGUCACGCUCCUGCUCGCCGUCACCGUAGAGGGACUGCUGUUCCACUUCCACCUGCACGGAAGACCCCACCUCGACGUUCUGGUCCACACGCUCCUGGUCUACACCGUGGCGGCCGAGGCGGCCUGCAUCAUCGUCGAGAUGUGUCGACCCCGAAGUGUUCUGGCGUCCCUGGGUCGCGCCUACUUCUGUCUGUUGCAGGCCACGUGGUUUUGGCAGGUCGGAUUCAUCCUUUACAGCCCGCUUCCCGGACUUCCACCAUGGGAUGUGCAUAGCCACAUGGACAUGAUGCUGGCCGCCAGCGUGUUCACCUGGCACAUGAUAGCUCUGCUGGCGUACCUUGGAGUCGUGGGCGUCGUGGCUUGGGCCGUGAACAGAACGUGCGGCAGAUGCCGUGACGACGGCUCUUUGGAGGUGCAGGAAGAGGGUGACUCGCGCUAUGCGCUCGUGACCGGGUCUCCUGUGAAGAUGACUGGCCGGGAGCUGUUCGCGGGCGACGGUGCGCCGACGAUCAAUGCGGCGCUUAGUGACUACAGUGACGAUGACGCCGCUUUCAUGUGAGCUGCUUCCGAAGCUACAUGAGAGAACGAUGACGAUGUGCCUUUGUCGGCGGAGUCAAGAGCAGUACUUCACAAAGCUUAAGUGUGCCACCCCCAUUAAUGGCGAUGGCAUGGGGACAACUUAGCUGAAAUGGCACCAUAGUGUGUGUCACUGUGUGAAGCAGAACUAGGUGUGUGAAACUAAAGAAACUGAAACUGCACAGUCCCAGCGGAAAAAAAUUAGCAAAAGUGACUGGUGGCCGCAGCGGCACAUUCCAUUUUACAAAGCAGGGGUGGCUGUCAGAAAGCGUGUCGUGAUUUUGCUGCUCUGGCCACGAGUCACUUGUGCCGCGUGUCAUGAUAUUGCCGCUCCGGCCGCCAAUCACUUGCGCUAAUCUUUUUCCGAUGGGACUGUACUUCGUUGUGGACUUUCUCCUUUUCUGUAAAGCGCUGGUGUUCUUGCAGUUGUCAUUGUUUGGUAUGGUGUCAUUGUCCUUGGUAGACUGCACAUCAAAAGAUCCAUGUGAUGCAUUCAAGACCAGCGAAUGCCAACCAGUCUGCUAAAGGCGAAAGGUGCACAUUGGGUAAGGCUUAGUAACAAGGCAAACUCUAUACUUACGUCACCGUCCCGUAUGAGCAGAACCCUGUAGCACAGCUAAACCAGACGAGAUCAAACUAAAUGAAAAUGGUUAUUUAUUAACGGAACACAUAGCAUUUCUACUUCAGUUGUUGGCAGAGCCGACCAUGCUAUUUUAGCUUUUUACUAAAUCCUAGAUUCUAUAUUUUUUCGUACAUAAAUAACUUUGUUUUCUGCGGUUUUCAAGGCCCAAGCACAUCACAAGCUAGAAUACUUGCGUGCCGACCGGAUCCAACGCUGUAAUGCACCUAACCUCCAAAACUUAUGCGGACGGCCCACAUUAAGCGAAUAUGCAUAAAGCCUACACCACAUCUGUACUUCGGCAUUGGUUUCGAGUGUCACGCUGCGCAUACACCGUUGUAGACAGCCGAGCUGCACAAUUUCUGCACUUCUCGUGCAUAGUCGUCUACAGGUUCACAGUGGCGCAGGCGAAGUAAAUACCUUAAGAGCUGUCCAAGAUAAUGGCGUUCAUGACGUCACUGGCUGUUCUCACCAUUAUCAUAGUCUCUUAAUAGUAU